AUGUCGCAGUCUAGCACUAACACGCGCCCAGUAAGGGUAGCCAACUGCUCUGGUUAUCAUGGCGAUCCAGCAGAAGAAAUGUACUGGCAGGCGACAUUUGGAGACGUCGAUUUUAUCACCGGUGAUUAUCUCGCAGAGGUCAACCUCGCAAACAACGCCCAGGCAUGGAGGGAUGGAAAACAUCCCGGGUACGAAGAAACCGCCUGGGAAGGCCUCCAGCAAACGAUCGAAGUCAUUGCACGAAAGCGUAUCCGAGUCGUGAUCAAUGGCGGUGCUCUUGAUCCGAAGGCUCUUGCAUUGAAAACCCAGACUUUGAUCAACGAUAAGGACCUUGGCCUUCGUGUUGCGUACUUAUCCGGAGAUGACCUUUACCCUCUUGUCGGACCUAAUAUGCCUUCCACCAAAGAAGAACUCCAGCAUCUGGAUUCCAACAACCCUUCUGCAAUACCAUCUGAACUCACCUAUGCCUUUCUAAACAACCCUGAUUCGAAGCCAGUCCCCAUGGUUUCCGCACACGCAUACCUAGGUGCUCGUGGUAUUGUGGAUGGUUUGCGCCGCGGAGCUGAUAUUGUCAUUUGCGGCCGUGUAGCCGAUGCUAGCCCGGUGAUUGCCGCCGCUUGGUUCUGGCACAACUGGUCCGAAACAGACUAUGACAGGCUUGCAGGGUCGCUUAUUGCUGGACAUUUGAUUGAAUGCUCCGCGUAUGUGACUGGAGGCAACUUCGCGGGGUUUGACGGUUAUCCGUUAGAUAAUCUUGUUGCUCCUGGUUUCCCGAUUGUCGAGAUUUCUGCGGACGGGAGCUGUGUUGUCACUAAGCACCCGAAUACGCAGGGUAUGGUUAAUGUUGAUACAGUCCGGUGUCAAUUUCUGUAUGAGCUGCAGGGAAAUACAUACCUGAACAGUGAUGUGAGCGCCUAUAUUGGUGACAUUGUCAUCAAGGACGCAGGCAAAGACAGUAGAGUGCAUGUAUCCGGCAUUCGAGGAUCAUCACCACCCCCAACCACAAAGCUUGCGGUCUUUUAUCAUGGAGGCUAUGAAGCCCAAAUCCUGCUGAACGCAACUGGGUAUGCGACGGCGAAGAAGUGGGAUCUCCUCGAGAAGCAGAUUCGUCAUUUUCUUCCGGAUAACGUGAAGAACAACCUUGAGACACUAAAAUUCCAACGGAUCGGUGUCCCAGCACAGAACCCAGCGUCCCAAGCCGCGAGCACCACUUAUCUUCGGAUAUUCAUCGCCUCUCGCUCUAAGACCUCCGUGCUGGCAGUUUCGAAGGUCAUGAGGGAUAUAUCCUUGAAGCACUUCUCCGGCUUCCAUUCCUCGAUGGAUUUCCGCACCGCCAUCCCCCGACCCUUCCUCGCCUACUACCCAGCCCUCAUCAACCAAUCCUCCAUCCACGAAACAAUCAGUCUUUUGAGCCACGAACCCGACAUCAACACCAUCCGAUCCUACUCUACCGGCCAUCCCCCUCAAUACUCUUCUCCCCCCACCAUCCGUGACAGUUACGACCCGGAAACCCCACAAGUCUUCAACGGUCCAACCAAGCCCCUCCUCCUAGGCGACAUCGUCCUCGGCCGUUCUGGUGACAAAGGUGGAAACCUAAACGUCGGGUUCUUCCCCAGGAACCCGGCUCACUGGCCGUGGCUGCGGUCGUUUAUGACGAGGGAGCGCAUGCGAGAGCUUAUUGGGGAGGACUGGGAGGAGGGGUUUUUCAUUGAGAGGGUUGAGUUUGAGGGGAUAAGGGCGGUGCAUUUUGUUGUUUAUGGAAUUUUAGGGAGGGGGGUUAGUAGUUCGAGUCGGUUGGAUGGGUUUGGGAAAGGGUUUGUGGAUUAUAUUAGGGAUAGAAUUGUUGAUGGGCCGGUGGGGUUGGUGUAG